UUUAGUAUUCAAAUAUUUAUAUUUCUUUAUUAGAGCAUAUGUUAAAAAAUAGCCGCACCGGAGCGGCAGCACCCGUUAUAACAAAACGAAGCCCUAUCCACAAGUCGCAUCGUGAGGAGGAAGACAAAAGAAACCGCCGGUUUCGCUGUCGACGAAAUCACCGCUGUCAUCACUUUCACAUAUUUGAUCUUCCAGCACCGCCGCCUGCGCCUCUACUACCACAUUUAAUUUUGUUUAGAACUUUCGAGAAGGAUUUUGAUGAGGUGAAGAAACUAUGGCAAGCAAUUCAGGAAGAGGAUACUCAACUAAUGGUUCCAUCUAUGUUUGUAAUUUGCCUGAGGGAACUGAUGAAAGUAUGUUAGCCGAGUAUUUUGGAACCAUUGGCUUGCUAAAGAAAGAUAAGCGAACUGGUCGACCUAAGGUAUGGUUAUACCGAGAUAAAGUGACAAAUGAGCCAAAAGGUGAUGCGACGGUUACUUAUGAGGAUCCACAUGCUGCGUUAGCUGCUGUUGAAUGGUUUAAUGACAAGGAUUUCCAUGGGAGCACAAUUGGUGUUUUUAUGGCAGAGAGUAAGAGUAGUAAUGCUGGUGUAGAUGUUCCAACUGCAGCUGCUGAUGGUGGUGGAUUUGAGGACGAUGCAGCAAAGGACAUGGAUGGGGGUAGUGGAAGGGGUAGAGGUCGGGUUGAUUCUUCAGGGAAGAUGUGGCAACAGGAGGGAGAUUGGCUCUGUCCGAAUACAAGUUGUUCCAAUGUCAAUUUUUCAUUUCGUGGUGUGUGCAACCGAUGUGGAACUGCUCGACCUGCAGGUGCAUCUGGUGGCGGAGGGGCUGGUGGUCGUGGGCGGGGUCGUGGUGCUCCUGAUUCUGGAGGUCAUGGCCGAGCAGUAGCUGCUACUGGUGGACUUUUUGGCCCAAAUGAUUGGCCUUGCCCUAUGUGUGGUAACAUCAACUGGGCUAAGCGUAUGAAAUGCAAUAUUUGCAACACUAAUAAACCUGGUCACAAUGAGGGUGGUGUGAGAGGUGGACGUGCUGGUGGUUACAAAGAACUUGAUGAAGAAGAGAUAGAGGAAACAAGGCGACGUCGAUGUGAGGCAGAAGAAGAUGAUGGUGAGGUGUAUGAUGAGUUUGGCAAUCUCAAGAAAAAGUUCCGAGCAAAAACACAACAAGCUGAAGCUGCUCGAGUGCUACCAGGUUCAGGUCGUGCUGGCUGGGAGGUUGAUGAACUAGGUGUAAUUGACAGGAAUGGAAGAGAAAGAAGCAGAGAUAGAGAAAGUAGCAAGAAUAGAGAGCAUGAAGAUAGGGAAAGACGCCGUAGUCGAAGUAAAGAGAGGGAUAGGGGAAAGGAUCGGAGUCGUGAUUAUAAUUAUGAGCGAGAUAGAGAGUAUCGGCGGGAUAGAGACCGAGAUCGGAGCAGGUACUUUGACUGAGAAAGGAAGAAUCAGUGUGUUGGUAAUGUGGGAAGUUGUUGAGUUGAAUUGGCAUCUCAAGAGUUUGGAUUUAGUGUGAGUAUGAUACUGCAGGAGUUGAGAUUUUGAAAUUGUUAAACUUGAUUUGCAGUGCUGUUUCUAAGCUUUUUCUGGUAGUCUUUUUAACAGAAGAAUAGGAAUUUAACGUUCUUGAAACUCGGGACUCUACUUUUAUCUCUGUAUUCAAAUGUGUAAAAUUUCAAACAUUUCUUUAUAACAUCAAAAUGGUUUUUAUUACCGUGAGAUGGUUUCUCAAGAAA